AUGUCUACCUUCAGCGGCGAUGAAACUGCUCCUUUCUUCGGCUUCCUCGGCGCUGCUGCCGCACUCGUCUUCUCCUGUAUGGGAGCAGCUUAUGGAACGGCAAAGAGUGGGGUUGGUGUGGCGUCCAUGGGAGUCAUGAGGCCAGAGUUGGUGAUGAAGUCCAUUGUCCCCGUUGUUAUGGCUGGUGUCUUGGGUAUUUACGGUUUGAUUAUUGCUGUUAUCAUCAGUACCGGUAUUAACCCCAAGGCUAAGUCUUACUACCUCUUUGAUGGUUAUGCUCACCUCUCCUCUGGUCUCGCUUGUGGUCUUGCUGGUCUUUCCGCUGGUAUGGCCAUUGGUAUCGUCGGUGACGCCGGUGUCAGGGCAAAUGCUCAGCAGCCUAAGCUCUUUGUUGGGAUGAUUCUUAUCCUUAUUUUCGCUGAAGCGCUUGCUCUUUACGGGCUUAUUGUUGGAAUCAUCCUCUCCUCUAGAGCUGGCCAGUCUAGAGCAGAAUGA